CAACAUCCAAACCGGAUCUCGAACCCACUUCAUAGCCGAAGAGGUAACUCAUCAUCCGCCUGCGAGUGCUAUUUACUGCGUGAACAAACAAGAGGGAUUUAAUAUCAAGGUUCUAAUGGAGUUUGAGAUACGAUUCCACGGGUAUUACGUGAGAACAAACGUACGAGGGAGGUUGGAAGUUCAGCUUGAGAAUCUAAAUGAAACGUACACGGCAUCUUUUCCUGACCUGAUGAUUCUAAACGUCUUUAUUGGCCAGUUCAGAAUUGACUUCGAAGGUCCCUGUGUGUUAGCGUGUGAGCAAACUGGAUAUUCAUGCGAGAUUGAGAAUAAAACACGGUGGAGUCCUUGGGGUCGUGAGAACCAGUUUCACAGGAUCAGAGCUAGACUUUACGACGACAAGAAACAGGAGGUAAUGCAAGCUGAAGGACAUUGGAACUCAGUAGUAUAUGUGAAGACGGCAGGAAGCAGCAGUAAAGAAGUGUUCUGGAAAGUGGAGAAGUCUAAACUACUGCAGAAGUAUGUGGUGCACGAGAAUGAUUUGGUGGAGUAUGAGUCUGCUAGACUGUGGUGUGGCUUAACUGAAGCCUUGCUCAGAGGCGAGGAGGAAGAAGCGAUACAGCAGAAGACUGUAGUUGAGCAACGGCAGAGGGAGUUGAGAGCUACGCGGGAACAGUUAGGCGUGGUGUAUCAACCCUCUUUGAUGGUUGAAGACGAAAACGACCCACACGAAACCAAGAUAUUCACUUAUAAAUAUCAUUCAGACGCAUUGUGGGACCCCAACUUCGACGAUUAUCAAUACGAGCACAAUUUUCAAAUCAAAACGCACAAGAGGGGAACGUUUCCUUCGAUAUCGAGUAGCACAAGAGUGGAAUUGCAUGGAGGCGAUGGUAGUCACCUAGGUGAGGAUGCGUCAGACUCGGCUGAUGGAGGGUUACAUGUGAGAGUCGUGAAACAGCCAUCGAAGGAGCGAGUUGAUAGGUACACACACCUAUCGGAAACUAUAAAUGGCGAACAACGAUUUGAAAGCUCAAUGCAGGCUCAAAUGAACUCAAUCCAACGAGAUCUCAGGACACUGCAUGAAGAGAUCCGCACUAUCCAAAGUGCAACCAAGGCAGUAGCCACCAAUCAGCACAGAGCAAAUGCGAAUUACCAGAGUAGAAUUGUACAUGAGAAUCAGCGUAGAAACUCUUCAAAAGGGCUGUCAUGUAGUGCGAUAUUCUUUUGUAUCAUGUUUGUCAUCGCUUGUGUAGUAUUUACAUACUACUAUAACACAUCUUCUUCCAAACCAAAUAUUAGCUGACAUUUGAUGUAAAAUGCGAAAAAAUAGAUUAAUAUAUUCUGAUCUUCCUUUUAAAUUGUGCUUGAUUCAAUUAUGGCAUUGUACGAGUUUCAAAGAACCUCUAAAUCUUUCCUAAAUAAAAUUAAUUUCUGAUA